AUGUAUGCUGCCACAAGAUCGAUAAAUCGAUUGACUGAGUUCUCAUCCGAGGCCCAGGCUUCAAUCAGGUCGCGACCUGUUUUGUUCCUGGCGAUGAUGCGUCAGCCCGCCGUACCGCCGGCAUACAUUGGCCUACGCAGGCAUCUCCGGACUGAUGACACUGCGGACAUGGAACAAAAUCCGAACAAGCUCUUUCGAAGAGAAUUUGAAACAAUCGAUUCUGUCAACGGAUCAACAGCCCUCCUGGAUUGCCACAUGUCGAAGAGCCUGAGUCCUGAUAUCCUUCCCUUCCUCCUUCCCUCCCUCUCCGUCUCGCAACAGCAAAUAUUUCGCAUCUCCUGGCUAAAAAUGCCGCGCCAAUUGCUAACAAGGGGUCGCAUGAAAAUAACCACCAAUCAGCGCAUCAACUUUGUUCCGCACACCACCACCGAUGAGGACACCUUCCAGCUGAAGAUUGAUCCAGUACUGCAGGAGGAUGCAGGGGAGUAUCGCUGCGUUUACAAAGAAGAUGAUGCAUUCCACUUCAAGAUAGCCAUUCUUAACGUAAAUGGUGAGUUAGCCUGUCUAAGCCUGUUUCGGUAA